CGUCCCUACCAGAGAAACUGCCCUUUUCUCUGCAAGCUGAGAGAAUCCCAAGAAGAUGAAGGCUUUUCUCAUCAUUUUGCUGGCCGCAGUCCUGUGGGCAGAGAGAGCUUACUCGCUGCAUUGCCACGUGUGUAACAGCACAACGGUGAACACCUGCACGAAUCCCGUCAAUUGCUCAACAGCUGAUCGUUACUGCACGACAUCUAUUAGAAACAGCUCCUCUCCUGACUAUCUCCUGGAGAAGGGAUGUUCCCCAUCGUGCCCACUCUCUACAAUGAUGAAAACUCUUGUCAUGCCCCAAUCUUAUCUUCUCUGCUGCCAGGAAGAUUUGUGCAAUGGCGUGGGCAACAUGAGAAUCGGCUACCUGGCAUUGGCAAUGAGCAUCUUUGCCGGCUUUGUUGUCACCUUUGUCAGGACCGGAGUGUGAAGUGCUGGGCAGAGAGGGGGUUUCCUCGCUGAAGAACCCGCCCAGGGAGAGGCUACAUCUCCUCUUUGCAAUGCAUCCCACCAGGGUUAACACUGGGCCCUUUCUAUCAAGUAUCAUCUUGGAUCUAUCUCAUCACCUUUCUAGGUCGCUUCUCUACCACCUUUCAUGCCUCGGUCACUGGGUGGAACUCCAUGUCGCUCAGCAGAACCAGAGGGUUUUCUCUCAUGUCCUUGGGGCCAGAGACUUAGGAACUCAGCUGGACCGUGCUGCUGCAGUCACAUUUUGAAUCCACUAUUGGUGGCUGGGGCACGUUGACCUAUGCUAUAUAGGAUAGGUUCCUUUAUUUAACCCCAUCUGUCCCAGUGAAUGUGCUGAAGAAAUAACGCUCAGGACUCUCUGAUGUUUAUGUCCCUGAAAAUGUCUGAUUAAAAAAAUGUCCAUUCCUGGUGACGAGUUUCAUUCUGCUAAAGAGAAAUGACUCAUGAAUAUCCCAGCAGGGAGUGGUGUGCGGAUGAUCAACAGGCACGCAUGAUAGAAAACAAGCCACAAUAUACUAGAGAUUGGGCCCAAACCAGAACGACUCAUCUCCAGCCACCCGCCUUCCCACAUUCCUCCUCCAACGUUUAGUGUUUAGUGAUGGGGCCCUGCCCCCUAACAUCCCCCCCGCCCCGUUCUGGCACAGGCUCCCUCUGUGACUUUGGGCAAGUUCCUUAGGCCCAAAUUUUCAAAGCCACUGACCAACCCAAACUGUGAACGGGAACUCCAGGGGUUCAUUACCUCUGAAAACAGAGUGCUCUCUGUCUCGGUUCCCUCAUUUGUAGCAUGGUGAUGGGAGUAUUUAUUCUCCAUUGUAAAGCAGUAGAAAAGCUGCAAAUGAAGCCCAGUUCUGAUCUUAUUUACACCCUGGUAGCUCCACUGAUUCUAGUGGAGUUACUCCUCAUUUACACUGGUGUGGUGAUCAGAUUCAGUGUCUGACUAUUAUAGGAAUAAUAAUAAAAAUACUUCAAACAAAUAUGGACACUAAAUAAACAAGCAAGUCUGAGAGCUACAAGCUCCCCUGCCAUAAGCUAUUUUGCAAUUUCCAUCCGGUCUUUUGGGCCCAGGGACAUCAGCCAUUGACCCUGCAUAUAACAGGUUAGAGUUUAACUCUUGAGCCAUUCAUGGAUCCACAGAACACCCAUGGAUCCCCAGAGCACCCGUAGUUCCCCAGUGUUUUCCAUAUGAUGGUGACUCUUUCUGAAGCUAACAUGUUCUUCCAAAAUACAGCGGGAGCAAUC